CGGACUGCGCCUGCCAUGCGCACAUUGAACAUUCUUGACUCCCAUGAGCCGCCGUAGCCCGGCUCUCUGGUUGUCUUGGUAACGCGUCUACCGUCGGCUCUCCGCUGAGUUGUGCCGUGCAAUGUGAUCACAGGGACCGGAAUUCUCUUUUCAUAGAUAUCACUAACAAAUGGAUUUGUGCUCCGUAUCAGCUGACAACAUGCGUCCCUCCAUCCCACCCCACCCCCAUAGACUCACCCCACAAGAGACCCCGAAAGACUCUUCUGCAAACCUGGAACCUGAAACCUUGGACCUAAGUAAGAAAAGACUGCAAUGUCUCAGUGACGAUCUGUACAGAGAUCACCCCGCAAUAAAGAGCAUGCAUCUUGAGGGUAAUACAUUGUGUUCCCUCCCUGAAAAUUUCUUCCUACAUCUGCCGCACCUUGUCUGGUUAGACCUCCGGAACAACCAGAUCAAAAGUUUACCCAGCACCAUAGGAAAACACAGGCAAUUGCAAUAUCUUCUUCUUGAAGGAAAUCCAAUAAAAAUGCUUCCUAUAGCGCUAGGUGACUUGUCUACACUUAAAGCCUUGAAUCUAAGACAUUGUCCUCUUGAGUUUCCACCAGAAGAAAUUGUUUACAAAGGUCUUGCAUCCAUAUUAUCUUUUCUACGUAGCUUUAAAAAGGAGGAGGAUCCUGAAUCCAUUGUGUCAGAAUUACCCCCUGUUGAGAAACUGAAUCUGAAAGAAUUGAGGUCCAGCAUGGAUCUCUCAGGCGAUUGGUCAAGCAGUGAAGAGAAGAAGCACUUUGAGAUGCUGAAACAUAAAAUAGAGGAGAAACAAAUGGAAGAAAUGGAUCAGAGUGAACUCCUUACCUGUCAUAGGAAACCUCAGAACACGAGGGACCCUGUAAAAGGAACAGGGUGGAAAUUUUUCACUGAAUCAAGACCUGCAAUGCUUGUAGAAAGAAGAAAGUCAGAAGCUGACAGACAGGCCGAAGAGAAGGAAAGGCUAGCCAUGGUUCUUCAGAAGCAGAGGAAUGAAAAAAUUCUCAAAGACUGGCAACAACAGACCAAGCUCAUGCAAGAUCACAAAGCAAGAAGCAAGACGAAAACAAAAAAUCAUGAGGUACAAGUCCCCGCUCCUCCGUAUGCCACAGAUCUGGACACGUCCCAGCACAAGAAUAGCUGGGACAAGCAGAAGAGUCUCGCAGGCGAAAAACAGGAAAUGAUGCCAAGGGUCAUGUCUGUGAACUUAUUGAAAGAAGCGCAGAAAGCGAGAGCCUCAAGAGACCUCCGACUGGAACACCGCAUCAAACAGCACAUCCAGAGCAUGCAGGAGAGGAGGAAAAAGCCCAAGCGUUCAGCACAGGAAGAAAUGGAGGCAGCAAGGAAGGAAUUAGAAGUGGCUUCGUUGCUUCAAGCAGAAAUGUUACAGCGAAAACGAGAACAAGAUGCAGCAAUGGAAUAUCGAUUCACCGCCUUCACAGGGGAUAUUUCCACGCAAUCAACAGGAGGACCUCAGAACAUCUGUGCAACCACAUUGUGAAAAACUUUAUAUACUUUUUGAGACUAAAUCCUGAUUGAAAUUUUCUACCGACAGCGAAACUGCACAAAGUUAUCCUUUACAGACCUGUUAUAUGGAUCAGAUCUAAAAAUGAAGGGGUUUAAUACUUGUCUUUUCCGCAGUAUUUAUAGGUAUGAAAUUAUUUAUUAUACAAGGUGAUUCAAAAAGGAUAAAGCAUAAUGGACCAUAGUCUUUGCUCCUGCUCAUUCCACAGAUAACUUUUACUUGGGUGAGUCCCUCAUGUGCUCAAUAAGGACACAUGGUUUUUCUCAGUCCCCAAUUCUUCUUUUAUGACAAUUGACUUUCCCCCUGAGGUAAAAGGUCGCCUCAUCGCUGAGCAGAAACCUGUUAGCUGCGCUGACCUCCAGUUAUACACCCCUGCGACUUCAUUCUGUGGAGAUACAUCAAGGCCCCCCCAUCCACAGGAUCUGAACAACCAGAAGUAACAUAACUGACACAGUGGAGUCCAUAUACGAGGAGAUUCUGGCCGUGUCUGGACAGAACUGACACGCCCAGAACUGACACGCCCAGAACUGACACGCCCAGAACUGACACGCCCUGAACUGACACGCCUAGAACUGACACGCCUAGAACUGACAUGCCCAGAACUAACACGCCCAGAACUGACACGCCCAGAACUGACACGCCUAGAACUGACACGCCCAGAACUGACACGCCUAGACCUCUGCCAUGUCACCAAUGGAAAUCAUUCCCGAGGCUAUCAUUUUGUACCAUCCUUAUUGAAGCGCCCUGUAUUUGUUUGCAUCUCAGACCUGUCAGCUCAGCUAGUAAAUAUUUGUAUUCCUCUUAAAAUACCAGUUCUAGAACAUUUCAGGCUGUGCUGUUCCUCCGUUAUUUCUUUCUGUAAAUAUAAAGAGGUGCUGAGUGUUACUAGCUGUGUCUGUACCCUGAAAGCAACAAAUAGACAGUUUCAGAAUGAGUAAGAACACCAAUGUUCAAAGGACAACAGAACGCACAGUUGUUUUAUGGGCAAUGACUAAAUCAAUAAACCGGACAUAUAGAGAGCUGACAGCUCCACUUUAAGGGUUAAUUCACACACAGGAUCCGAUAAGGCUUUGGAGUUCCAAAAUCCGGAAUUGUGGAUCUGCAACUGCAGAUUUUACAACUACUGAUCCUCACAUGGGGAUCAGCAACUUCAUAUCUACAGUAUCUAAUGUGGGUCUGUGAAUACCCCUAAGGGUAGGGUCACGCGAGAUGGUGACCUGACCCUUAGUGUGCCUCCAGCUGUCCCCCCCCCCCCCCCCCUGCUCACAGUGGCAAUCCGCCGCUCCGAGCAGUCACACAGGGUGAAUUGCUGUGCGCUCUCACAGUGUACUCACAGACAUGUGCAGCGGUGCGGCCACGAUGUCUGAGUACACUGCGCAUGCGCGCGGCGUCUUCUACAGCGAUUUGCCCUGUGUGACUGUGCAGAUUGCCACUGUGAGGGGAGGGGUGCUUUGGGGAAGCUGGAGGCACACUAAGGGUCGGGUCACCAGCAGGUCCCCUGCUUAAAAUACACUGUGGAUCCAUGUCGUGUGACCCUACCCUAUAUAGGUAUUCUGGGAUCCAAACUGUGGCCCUCCAGAUGUUGCAAUACUUAUGGCAGUGUUUCCCAACCAGGGUGCCUCCAGGUGUUGCAAGACUACAACUUCCAGCAUACCUGGACAGCAAAAGGCUGUCCAGGCAUGCUGGGAGUUGUAGUUUUGCAACAUCUAGAGGCACUCUGGUUUGGAAACACUGACUUAUGGCCUUAAAAAAGUCAACUAGUGCUAAACUUGGGCCAUUUCUCACAAGCAAAUGUUGGCUUUGUGAGACUAAAAAGCAUGGUGGGCAGCACUGAGUCCCAUUUAACCCCUAGAGGAUAAAUUAUGUAAAUGUACGUCAUGGUGCCCUGGUACUUAACGCACGCAGCCUGACAUACAUUUUCUUCAUUCACAUGUCCGGCAUUAACAAUUUAGAUGCCGUGAUCAUUUAGGGGACACUCAUCGGACCACCCACAGCGCGACUGCGAGGGCCUGAUGAGUGAAGAUGGCAGCUGGAGGUCUCUUACUCUCCUUGGUGCCACUCUCCAGGGAUCUUCUUUUAUGGUCUGCAGGCAGGCAGGCUGUACAAGUAGAUUUCCGAUUUUUCGAAUCAGUGUAGCACUGGACAGUAUAUAGAUGUAUAUAGAGAAGAGGCUGAAUAUGUAAUGCAUAGGGGAAGAUUAUGUAGGUAAUCUGGUAUUGUUAGACAUCUCAUGGCAAAGCUUACUGCGUAGUUACAGGGGGCGCUGUCAUCUUGUGCCACAAGCAAGUACAAGUCAUUGACUAGUUGUUAUACCCAAGAGGCAGAUUAGGAUCAACUACUAGUCCCAGAAGUCUAGGGCAGUGGUCUCCAAACUGUGGACCUCCAGCUGUUGCAAAACUACAACUCCCAGCAUGCCCGGACAGCCGUUGGCUGUCCGGGCAUGCUGGGAUUUGUAAUUUUGCAACAGCUGAAGGUCCACAGUUUGGAGACCUAGGAAAUAGGGUAACAGGUGCAUACAAAUAAUAAGAACCCUUUAUACAGCACACAUAGAUUCCUCAGUGCUGUACACUUAAAUUGGUCCCUGUCCCCAUUGGGGCUCACAAUCUGUCAGUAUGUUUUUGAAGUGUGGGAGGAAACCUACGCAAACAUGGAGAGAACAUUGCAGAUGUUGUGCUUGACGGUAUUUAAACCCACGACCCCAGUGCUGCAAGGAAACAGUGCUAACCACUGAGCCACCAUGCUGUCCCUACAAAUAGUCCCAGAAAAUAGUCCCAAUAAAAGUGAAAAAAAAUGAUAAGCAUGUGUUUUUAUUUUUAAGUUUUUUGUACUUGAUGUGUUUGAAAGGUAUUGUCUAUAUUAUAAUAAAUGACUCAAAAUUCCUUAACAAUGUAUCCGGAUUGCCUGCCAGAAAUGUUAAUGCUUCCUUAUGUUUCAGGAAAGAGAUCAGACCAGGUCACAUUUUUAGGUCCGAUCCUUUGUAAUUCGUGUUGAAGGUCUGUAUAUCUAAUGGUCUUCUCUCAAACCUUCUCACUUCCCUUUAUGCAGCUUCAGAUGAAAACUUCAUGACCACCUGCAGCCACCACUAGAGGGAGUUUGUUGCAUACAGAUGUAUACAGUUCCCAUUAAGCGCCUGUACACACUUAAUGGAAUAAAUAAUUGUUAAGCAAAAGUUCUACUGGGAUG